GUACCCCUUCGCGAUGCGAAGAUGGCGCCCCUGUUCCCUCCCCGAGGCACCGAUGCGUUCCGCCGCUUCACCCAGGAAUCGCUGGCGGAGAUCGAGAGGCUCAAGGCGGAAAGCCAAAAGGCAGCAGGCGUAGAGGGCCACGUGGGGGAAGAGCCGGAGGCCCCGCACGCUGACCUGGAGGCGGGCAAGAGUCUGCCCAUGAUCUACGGAGACCCUCCAGCGGCGCUGCUCAACACGCCCCUGGAGGACCUGGACCCCUUCUACAAAGCACAGCACACAUUCAUUGUGGUCACUAAAGGAAACACAAUCUUCAGGUUCAACGCUGAGCCGGCCUGCUACAUUCUGAGCCCCUUUAGUUUGGUUCGACGAGGAGCCAUCAAAAUUCUCAUACAUUCAUUAUUUAGCCUGUUCAUCAUGAUUACGAUUCUAGCGAAUUGUGUAUUCAUGACGAUGAGCAACCCGCCAGCAUGGAGUAAAACCGUGGAGUAUGUCUUCACUGGUAUCUACACCGUUGAGGCGACCAUCAAAGUGUUGUCGAGAGGUUUCUGUUUUGGAUCUUUUACAUUCCUUCGAGAUCCGUGGAAUUGGCUGGAUUUCAUGGUGAUCAGCAUGGCAUACGUCACUGAGUUUGUUGACCUUGGCAACGUGUCAGCCCUCAGGACGUUUCGUGUACUUCGAGCCCUUAAAACAAUUACUGUGAUUCCUGGUUUGAAAACCAUCGUGGCCGCUUUGAUCCAGUCGGUGAAGAAAAUGGUGGACGUCAUGAUUCUGACCGUCUUCGCCCUCGCCGUCUUCGCCCUCAUCGGCCUUCAGCUCUUCAUGGGAAAUCUGCGGCAGAAAUGCGUGCGAUGGCCCCUCGAGACGAACGAAUUUUUUAACGCCACCGCCACGUUCAACGCCACGGCGUCCUUCAACGGCACCGCGGGCUUCAACGACACGGCAUAUUCCAACGGCACCUUCGAUUUCAAUGGGUACAUUGAAAACGCAGAUAAUCACUAUCAUUUGGAAGGCAGCCUCGAUGCUCUACUUUGUGGAAACAGCUCUGAUGCUGGGAGGUGCCCAGAAGGAUACACAUGCAUGAAGGCUGGGAGGAACCCCAACUAUGGCUACACCAGUUUUGACUCUUUUGGCUGGGCCUUCCUGGCCCUCUUCAGACUCAUGACCCAGGACUACUGGGAGAACCUCUUCCAGCUGAUCCUGCGGGCGGCCGGUAAGACGUACAUGAUCUUCUUCGUGUUGGUCAUCUUUCUGGGCUCCUUCUACCUCAUCAACCUCAUCCUGGCCGUGGUAGCCAUGGCUUAUGACGAACAGAAUCAGGCAACUCAGCGAGAGGCCAAAGAGAAAGAGGAAGAGUUCCAGCGGCUGCUAGAGCAACUCAGGAACCAGGAAGAGGAAAUUGGUCUCGGGAGCCAAGCCACUCUAACCAGUAAGAAGUCGCUGAGUCAUCGCACCACAUCAGACUUUACAGACGAUGACCGGAGCCUCGAACAUGACGAAAUCAUGAAGGAUUGUAACGGGAGAAUCAUUCCCCGUCUGUUAAUCAGAGCGCCCACUAUGAUCCAGUCUGCUUCAGAAUACGAACUCGGAGAGAAGUCGAUCUGCUCCGUGCACAGCAUGCUGCAUCUGCACGAGCCGGGCCUGAAACGAAGGACUGCCAGUGCCCUGACGGUGCUCACGGUAGCUGCUAUGGAAGAGUUGGAGGAUGCUCAGAGGCCGUGCCCACCCGCCUGGUACAAGUUUGCCGACAGGUUCCUGAAGUGGGACUGCCACCCGCGAUGGGUGUUUUUCAAAAAGUGGGUGCUCUUCGUGGUGAUGGACCCCUUUGUCGACUUGGGCAUCACCAUCUGCAUCGUGCUCAACACCCUCUUCAUGGCCAUGGAGCAUUACCCCAUGACCCCCGAGUUUGAACACUUGCUCUCCGUGGGGAAUCUGGUUUUCACUGGGAUCUUCACGGCGGAGAUGUUCUUCAAGCUGAUCGCCAUGGACCCCUACUACUACUUUCAAGUCGGCUGGAACAUCUUCGACAGCAUCAUCGUCUCUCUCAGUCUGGUGGAGUUGGGGCUGGCGAACGUCCAGGGGCUGUCUGUCCUCAGGUCCUUCCGUCUGCUCCGCGUCUUCAAACUGGCAAAGUCCUGGCCCACGCUCAACAUGCUGAUCAAGAUCAUCGGCAACUCGGUGGGCGCUUUGGGAAACCUGACUUUGGUGCUGGCCAUCAUCGUCUUCAUCUUCGCAGUGGUCGGCAUGCAGCUCUUUGGCAAGAACUACAAGGACUGCGUGUGCAAGAUCUCGUUGGAUUGCGAGCUGCCGCGCUGGCACAUGUACGACUUCUUCCACUCGUUCCUCAUCGUCUUCCGCAUCCUGUGCGGGGAGUGGAUCGAGACCAUGUGGGACUGCAUGGAGGUGGCCGGAGCCGGGAUGUGCUUGGUCGUCUUCAUGAUGGUGAUGGUCAUUGGAAAUCUGGUGGUGUUGAACCUCUUCCUGGCUUUGCUGCUGAGCUCGUUCAGCGGAGACAACCUCUCCGCGGGCGACGAAGACGGGGAGAUGAACAACCUCCAGAUCUCCGUCUGCAGGUUGACGCGAGGCAUCGACUGGUUGAAGGCGUUCGCCGCUCGCACCGUCCUGCGGAUUCUGCGGAAGGAGCCCGAGGAGCCCGGCGGGGGCCCGGGGGACGCCGAGAACCCCAAAGUGGAGGAAAUUGAAAUGAACCACAUGGACGCCGGUCAGAGUCUCAAAUCGGCGGACGGGAUAGGCGAUCGUUUAGUCCAAGGCCGGCCUUCUGGAUUCAUUGUGGACGGAGAGUUCGGCCUCAAUGUGCCGAUCGCUCAGGUCGAGUCAGACUUUGAAAACCUGGGCGAGGAUGACGAGGAGGAUGAUGAUGACUCAGAGAUAUCAGAUGAGAAAAAUAACGAGGAAAACUUAGAAGAUGAAAUUCGCAUGCUGGGAAAUGUUCAACUGAUGGGUGCUUUGAAUGAUGGGGAUUCUUCAGUGUGUAGCACGGUGGACUAUCAGCCACCUGAGCCUGAACCAGAAGAGGUGGAGGAGGAAGAGCCGGAGCCCGUGGAGCCGGAGGCCUGCUUCACCGACGAGUGUGUGAGGCGCUGGCCAUGUCUGACGGUGGACAUCACCCAAGGCAAAGGCAAGAAAUGGUGGAACCUCCGUCGGGCUUGCUUCACGAUCGUGGAGCACGACUGGUUUGAAACCUUCAUCGUCUUUAUGAUCCUUCUCAGCAGCGGCGCUCUGGCGUUUGAAGAUAUAUACUUAGAAAGACGCCGCACCAUCAAGAUCAUUCUGGAGUAUGCGGACAAAGUUUUCACCUACGUCUUCAUCAUCGAGAUGCUCCUCAAAUGGGUGGCGUACGGCUUCAAGACCUACUUCACCAACGCCUGGUGCUGGUUGGACUUUUUCAUUGUAGAUAUUUCCCUGAUUAGUUUAGCCGCCAACUGGAUGGGGUACUCCGACCUGGGGCCCAUCAAGUCCCUCAGGACUCUCAGGGCCCUCAGGCCUCUUCGGGCGCUGUCGAGAUUUGAAGGGAUGAGGGUGGUGGUGAAUGCUCUGGUCGGAGCGAUCCCCUCCAUCUUCAACGUGCUGCUGGUGUGUCUGAUCUUCUGGCUCAUCUUCAGCAUCAUGGGAGUCAACCUGUUUGCCGGGAAGUUCUACCGCUGCAUCAACACCACCACGGAGGAGCUUUUCCCCAUGACGGAGGUCAACAACAUAAGCGACUGCAUGGCCAUCAAAGAGGCCACGCAGGAGGCCCGCUGGGUCAACGUCAAGGUCAACUACGACAACGUGGGACAAGGUUACCUGUCGCUGCUUCAAGUGUCAACUUUUAAAGGCUGGAUGGAGAUCAUGUACGCUGCCGUCGACUCCAGAGAGGUCGGGGAGCAGCCAUCUUACGAGAUCAACCUCUACAUGUACAUUUACUUCGUCAUCUUCAUCAUCUUCGGCUCUUUCUUCACGCUCAACCUCUUCAUCGGUGUCAUCAUUGACAACUUCAACCAACAAAAGAAAAAGAUCGGAGAUAAAGACCUCUUCAUGACGGAGGAACAAAAAAAGUACUACGAGGCCAUGAAGAAACUCGGCUCCAAGAAGCCACAGAAGCCGAUUCCACGUCCAACAAACCUGAUCCAGGGAUGGGUGUUUGACUUCAUCAGUCAGCAGUUCUUCGACAUCUUCAUCAUGGUGCUCAUCUGCCUCAACAUGGUGACCAUGAUGGUGGAGACGGACAACCAGAGCGCGGAGAAGGACGAUUUCCUCUUCAAAGUGAACGUCGCUUUCAUCGCCGUCUUCACCGGCGAGUGCAUGCUGAAGCUCUUCGCCCUGCGGCAAUACUUCUUCACCAACGGGUGGAACGUCUUUGACUUUGUCGUGGUCAUCUUGUCCAUAGCUGGUACGAUGCUCUCGGACAUAAUCGAGAAGUACUUUGUGUCACCGACUCUGUUCAGAGUGAUCCGACUGGCCAGAAUAGGCCGGAUCCUGCGUCUCAUUAAAGGAGCGAAGGGCAUUCGGACGCUUCUCUUCGCGCUGAUGAUGUCGCUUCCUGCUCUCUUCAACAUUGGCCUCCUGCUCUUCCUCAUUAUGUUCAUCUUCUCCAUAUUCGGCAUGUCGAACUUCGCCUACGUCAAGAAGGAGGCCGGAAUCGACGACAUGUUCAACUUCGAGACGUUCGGCGGCAGCAUCGUCUGCUUGUUCGAGAUCACGACGUCGGCGGGCUGGGACGGGCUCCUGCUCCCGAUGCUGAACAAGGAGUUCCCGGACUGCGAUCCGGACGUCGAGAACCCGGGCACGGACGUGAGGGGCAACUGCGGCAACCCGCUCAUGAGCAUGGCAUUCUUCUGCAGCUACAUCAUCGUCUCCUUCUUGGUGGUGGUCAACAUGUACAUCGCCAUCAUCUUGGAGAACUUCAACGUGGCGCAGGAGGAGAGCGGCGACGCGCUCUGCGAGGAGGACUUUGUGAUGUUCAACGAGACGUGGGAGAAGUUCGACGUCGACGGGACUCAGUUCAUCGAGUACGUCCGGCUCUCGGACUUCUGCGACACCUUGCAGCAGCCGUUGAGGGUAGCGAAGCCCAACCGGCUGAGUUUGAUUAAAAUGGAUCUGCCGCUGGUCAUCGGGGACAGGAUCCACUGCCUGGACGUCUUGAUGGCCGUCACGGAGAUGGUCUUGGGAGACACGGUGGAGAUGGCGGCGAUGCGCGAGAGCAUUCAGGCCAAGUUCAUCCUGAGCAACCCCACCUCGAACUCCUUUGCGCCGAUCACCACGACGGUGCGCCACAAAGAAGAGCAGGCGGCCGCCGCCGUCGUUCAGAGGGCUUACCGCAAGCACCUGCUGAAGCGCUGCGUGCGCCACGCCGCCUUCGUGCACCGGCGUAAAACGGCGGCGGGCGGGACGGAGGAAGGCGAGGGUCCGCCGGAGAAGGAGGGCAUGCUCGCGCGGAGGAUGGGGGUGCUCUACGGGAGCAACGCGGACCUCGCCGAGGAGAUGGAGCAGGCGGAUGUAGAAACUCUAGUGAGCCGACGGACGCCGAAUCCCGAGACGCCGAAUCCCGAGACACCGUCACGUGACACGGGGGUCCAAUGUGACCCGGGGGUCCAAUGUGACCCGGAACCCCCCGAGGCAAAUAUCAUGGUCGUGCCUGUAGAGAUCACGAGUGAGGUGUUGUUACAUGCGGCCCCCGACCCACAACUCUUCCCCCGACGUGCAACCCUGAGGGAGACGAUCGUAUAA